UCGAAGCCGAUGAGAUAACCGCGUGCAUAGUCUACGAGAUGAUUUGCAUACAAUAUCAUUUAGAACGAUCGACGUAGUGUGACACGACGUUACGCAUAUGAAAAAAAAAAAACAAAUUAAACAUUAUUAGGAGCAUAACCGUUUCAAUAAAUAAUAAUCGUCGGUCGAAAUCCUUUCCGGACGUCGCCGACAACACAUCAUCAGCAUGACCAUAUCGACCCCGUGUUUUUUCGGGCUGACCAACGUCCGGAUAGGCACCCGCAUCAUAGCGUUCGUCCAGUUCGUAAGUAUAAUAAUAAUAAUAAUAUACGCGCAAUCGUUAAAAAAAAAUUAAUAUUAAAAACAUGAACAGCAGAGCUCCCUCACUAAUCGAAUUUCUCCCUCGGCUACUUGUUGCCGUUACAAUAUUUCAUGUUUUUUUUUUUUUUUUUUUUAAUCAUUGUAAUUGAACAAAAACAUUUGUAUCAAAAUAAAUAAAGUAGACAGUUAGAUUUUUUCUAACAUACAAACAGACGCAAAAUCGUCGGUUAGAAAUUCAAACAUUUUAAAGACACAUCCUGGACAAAAAUUAUAUUUAUAAAUGUACAUCUCCAUCAAAUUACUUACUUUCAUGAAUAAGAGUGUACAAAGCUAAAAAAAACACCCACUUCUUGCAACAACAUUUCAAAAUUUCAAUAUGAACUUCACCCAACAUUUUAUCACUUCAAUCCGCUUAUAAAAAAACUCAAUUGAUUCCCGAGUUUGGGCUCUUUUGGUCCAGAUAUCUUUUUUUUGAAGGAGUAGGCUCAUCCAGUUCUCCAGCAGCUUCUGCCGCACACAUAACUUUCAAAAAUGUUUUAUCGGACUUAGUUAAAUACUCCAACCGACCUUACGAUACACAUUCAAGAUUGAAAUUAAUCUAGUUUCUCAUUCUAAUUUCACUCCGAGUUCCCAAGCUUAGAGCAAAAUAUAUUAGAACAUUUUAAAAAUUGUUCGCAUUAGUUUGCAGUGCUUUAAAUCCGCCAUUGUGCGUACAUAUUUAAAAACAACGUAGGUAUUCCGCUGAAAAUAAACACCUAAAGUACUCGAAUUGCCGCGGUUUUCGGACAAACCGCGCAAUGAAAAAAUGUAAUGUUCAUUAUAAUAUUAUAGUUUUUUGUAAUAUUCCAGUGGCUUCAGUUGCUGUGCCUUUCGAUAAUUAUCACAAAUGUUGUAAUUCAAGACCCGUUGCAGGAAAAAAAUCCUAAAGAAACUGUCAAUACCAGUCAUUACAGUCCUCAAACGAUCAGUGAGUUUAAUCAAAAUUGUGUUACCAUAAUAAAAUGUAAUUCCCGUCGUUAUUUGAAUUCGACGAUAAAAUAUAUUUUUUUGUGUCCGAAUAUCUAUAAUCCCGCAACAGCAGAUAGAAAAACACGAUUUGCUUACCCGACGAAUCGGAAUAAAGAAUACCUCUUACUGCAAAGUUUUUGGUGGUGGUGGCAGUAUUUCCCAUAAGAAUACGCCUUGGUUCCGAUUGCACUACCAAUACCACUGCAGUCUGUAAUUCACGUAUAUAGAUUGGAUACACAUAGGCGUGCGCGGAGGGUAUGCAGAAUUUUACCAAAUAUAAAAAAAAAACUGUCUUAGGAUAAUGGGGACGGGUGCAGCCAGUAUUGUAAGUGGGAAGAUGGAAAGUUGGGAAGAUAGGAUAUAGAUGGGAAUUCAAUGUAUAUCAAUGAUAAACCAUUGUUAACGAAAAAACUAUUCUGAGCGGAGUUCAGUUGAUAGUGAUGCUUUAUCAACAAUAUACAUAUAUGUCAUAUUAUGGUAAAUUAAUUACAUAUUUAUGAAACAUUUUUUUUAAUAACAUUUGUUUAAUAUUGUGCCUAUAUUCCCGUUUUCCUAAAUUUUUUUCCGGUUUUCCAUGUUUUUUCACGGUUUUUCCCAUUUAUUGGGAAAACUUCUAGGAAAAUCAAAAAAUGAUCUCCCUAAAGUACCAGCCCAAUCUGAUUUCUUUUUAGAAAAAGUUCUAUCAUUUUAAAUCGAAGCAAAAUAGCUGGCAGAAAAGUUGUCCACAGAAAAAAAAUAAACAUCAUUGUAAAACCAAUGCUCGCUCCAUUCAGAAUCUAAAAAAUUGUAACAAUAUUGGUUAAACGCUGGUAGUGAUGACCGUGACGUGACAUUCAACCAAAUGUUUAUUAUUGAAUUUUCGUGCGAUAGAUUCAGUAUUGUACAUCGCACACGGACAAAUAGACAAGCAUACAGUUUCUGUUAUUAGUUUAGAUUAUGUAUGUGUAGUGUUUACCUCUCUUUUUGCCUACGUUUUUAACAAAUAAUAGUAAACAUUAAAAAAACUCUGAUUUAGGUUUACAAAGUUAGAUAAUUGAAUUUACUGUAAAACCCGAUCUAUUAUAACAAUUAUUAUACAUUACCAGUUGAUCCAAGCAAGGAAAUUGGCCAAGGAACAGGGAAUCGACUUUUUUUCUUUUUUUUAAUUCUUAGUGGAGACAGAUAAUAAUAUUCCCAAAUCAGGUAUUUUUUUAAGAUAAAAAAAAUAAUUAUUAUUUAUUACAGAUUAUAAAGCCAUUCAGUCCGAUUAUUAUGUGUUCCUUCAAAUAGCCUCUGGUUUGGUGAACUUGUACGCUUGUUUCUAUUUAAAAAAAGCCACGUACUCGGUAAGCAUAACAUCAAUAUAUUAUAUUUUAUUUUCGCGCGAAUCGACGUCAAUCAAUAAUCACAUAUUAAUGAUAAUCAUUAUAGCCUACGGAUUUUAUUGUUACCUAAAAUAUUCGAUUUUAUAAUACACGGAUGGACGUAGAUUUCGAAGAGAUUAAAUUAAAAGUUAUAUUUUAUAAAUUAUACGCGUCUUGAUGCUGUAAACAGUUUACUGAUUUUGUUUAUCGCGGUUAGUAAAUGACAAUUUUAUAAAAGAGGUAUUAUAUUAUUAUAUGAAGAGAACAUUACACCCGCAUGUGCUGUCUCUUCGUCUUACAACUGCGUGGCAUAGUUAAUUUUCGUUCAAUAGGAACAACGUUGUGCUGUUAGUUUUAAUAUAAGAGUUUUUUUUUUUUUUUUUUUUUUUAUAGACGGUUGUUUAAUACGGUUUUAAUUUUUAUGGUCAAAAGUUAAAAUUACAAAAUUCAAAAUAAUAACACGGCACAGAUAAUAUACUUGUUUUUAAGUUUUAUAAUAGGACAAUUCACUCUUAUAUUAAAACUAACUGCACAGAGUUGUCCCUGUUGAACGUCAAUUUUCUAUGGCACGCAGUUGUAAGACGGUGACCGCAUAUAUGGGUACAACGUACUUUUAAAUGUUAAUUUUGCUAUCAUAAAACUAAGUGUUAUACCAGAUUUAGUACACAUCUAGAUUUCAAAAAGGCCGUGUGAUUAAUGUAACUUAAUAAUUUAUUUACUGAAUCCGCAUGAAAAUAAAUUAAAAAUAUAAUUUUACAUUGUAUGUAUUUCUAAUAAAAUAUUACAUAAAUUACGGAUCAAAUAUAUUUAUCUUAGACAACAACUCGGGCGUAAUUUGUUUCCUGUGUAUCAAUCUGUAUAGAUGAGAUAAACGAUGCAGCACACCAUUGAUUAAAUUUAUUUGCCCAGCGUUAAUCAUAUAAAUUAGAUAAUAUAAUGUACACUAAUAAUGCUAAACUUAAAAAACAUAAAUAAUUAUAAAUGUAUAGUAUUCGAAGCGUAUGUCCACAAAAAAAAAAACUAUUACCGAUAUUUUACGAAUAUUUUAAUUCCCCGCGUUAGCGAAAUAGUCACGUCUUCAGUUUACAGAUAAAAUGCAAAAAAAAAAUGUGUUCGUUAUUCGUAUCAUUACGUGCGGAUGACGACCAUAGUAACACUUCGUUGCAGAUGUUGCAGUUAAAUUGCACGGAAAUUUAAACUUUGAAAACCCGCAAGACGUCACGGGGUUAACGUCUCAGGAAAGUGAUGUUUUUGGCCACAUAUUAUUAUAUAAUAUUUUACUCUUUAUGCACACGUCUUCUACCGCAAAUACUUAUAUGCCGUCAUCUUUUUUUUUCUAGUAUAAUAUGGUUAAUAAUAAUAUCAAAUCACGUUUCACUCGUUCAAAAAAAAAAUUAUGAAUAUUCUCGAACCCGGAGCAGCCCACUUGCGCCCGUUACACAUUUUUUAUAGCCCAUUUGCGCCCGAAAUAUUUUUAAUAAAAAAGCGUUGAAACCGUGCAACGUAGCCGACCUGUAUGCCGGAAUACGAUACAAUACUAUUGCGGACUAACCUUUUUUAGGUUUUACAUUACACCCUUAUAGAUGCAUUGGUCGAUUUUAUCUUAAUAAUAUUGCACUUCACGACAAUUCUCUCUGUGAAUGCGUUGUGCAACGUUACACCUAACCUAACCUAUAGUAUUAAGACGAUUAUUAUUAAAGUACUAAAAUCUACUUAUCUACUUUUUUAGCGUAUCUAUUUUCUUUUUUUAAGAUCGAUUUUUUUUUUUUUUUUACUUUUCGUAUAAACCUCACAUGUAUCGUAUGAUACGUAAUUUCAACAUAAGUAUAUACAUGCAACGAUCAUGACGGCAACUUAGUACUUUUGCGAAAUCGACGCAUAUGGGCUAUACAUACAUCGGCAGUUGGAACCUUAUCUUUCGAGCGUAUCUGUCCACAUCCUUCGGGGCGCAAAUGACCUGUAGCCCUCAAACCAUCAAUCGAUUAUUUUCAACGGUAAUAUCAUAAAAUAUAUAAGAAACGUCAAAUGACAAAUAACUACGCCGAUAUCAAAUUUCAUUGAUUUUAGUUAGAUAUCGAUUUAAAAAAUAUUUUUCUACAUCACUUAAUAUUAUACAAUAACAUAUACGUGUUUAUCAUUUUUUUCUAGUAAAUAUAUUGCAUUGUUUGAGCUAGUCGUUCAUCUCUACUAUAUCGCAAAUACAAAUUUACGUGUGCUUAAACAAGAUUUAAUUCAAUAUUUGUUUAUAAUUUGUCAUUCGACUCACCUUAGAACCUCGGAAUGGUUUUUUUUUUUUUUUAAUAGUAAUUUGUCUUUUUCCGCGAAAUAUCUUUCGCAUAUUAUGAAAUUCGUGCAGUCAUUCAUGUUAUUCUAGUUGUUUUAAAUCAAAUGGUAUAACAAUAUGAGUAAUUAUAUUAUUGACUAUUGUACAACUACUAUUUUACAAUUCAUUAUUGUAAGAAUAAUGAAGAUAAGGUGGUAGGAUAAUAGGGUAAUUCAGUUUCCAUCUGUACGUAACAAUAAAUCAUUGCAAACAAAAAACAAUUCUGAGUAAAUUACGGUUAAACAUGUUAUGAUGAAUUUAGUUUGUAUAUAUUUGUAACACCACCAUAAAUUACAAUGUAUUUCGAGAUUUUUAACAAAGAUGUAGCUGGUUUUUCACUGCGACGAUUUUUACUUUUUUCGACAAUAACUUUUUUAACCAUACAGUGUCGUUUGAGAUAACGUUUGGGAUUAUUGUAUAUUACGGCUAAAACUACACAUUUAUAAAAUAAUUAUAACACAAGACUAAUAUUAUAAUAUUAACGUUAUGUUUAUUAUUACUGGGUGUGUAAUAUUGUGUGAAAUCAGUUUGAAUAUAAAUGUGUACAUUAGCUGAAUAAAGCCGUUUUCUUAGAUAAUAAUAUUAUGAUAGUGUAAGCACUUGAAAAUGUUAAUUAUAUGAUUUGAUAAAUAUAUUUUUUAUUCGUGGAUUCGCGGAAUUUAAGGAAAUGUGUCAAAAUGUAUACAUUUCUAAAAUAUUCGUUGGGUUUUCGUUAUAAUAUUCGUUGAAACGGUUUUCGGAAAAUUAAAAAGAAAAAACAUUUCAAAUGUGUUUACCUGGUGGUUUUUUUUUUAAACAUUUAUAAAUAAUAUAUAAAGAAGCGAACAUGAUAAUUGAUGAAAAUAAUAAUAAAAAAAGAGCUGAUACUGAAUACGUGUGUGCCACUGUUGUAGAUGAAAAGUUAGGUAGGUAGGAUUCAUAAAAUUAUUUAAUUUUUAUCUGUAAACAAACUAUAAACCUUUGUUAACAAAACACGAUUUGGGGCGAAGUUCGGUUAUACAUGUUUUAAAAGGCCGUAAUAUUUACGAUUUUCGUCAAAAUUUGAUAUUAAAACUCGUAUAAAAAAAAAAUACUAUCUAUAGUUUUUUUAUUGGAAAAAUAUUUCUAGUUGAAAACAUACGAGUAGUUUGCAAAAAUUAAAAACAAUUAAAUCGGCAACGCCGUGGCGUGUUGUAAAUAUUUGCCAUUUCAUAAUUUAAAUCGUAAAAUUGAAAACAUAUAAUUAAAUUAUACAAGUGAUACUUUUAUAAUUGAUCAGUUUGAUUGGAUUUGAUCAUUUGAUAAAACAUUUGAAAUAUUAGCGUUAAUUGAUUGCAAAUAUGAAAUUAUUUAUAAUCAAUAGGAAUAUUAAUAACAAUAGGUAUAUAACAAUUCACAAAAUAAGAACAUACUAACGAUGUGACAAUUAACAGUGUUACAGAACAUUGUGAAAUGUUUUCAAUGAUUUUAGGAAUAUGGUAACUAGUUACUUUUUGUUACUCAUAUAUCGUUAUUACAAAUUUAAAUUACCUUUACUUUUUCAGAUAGUGUCCAGCUUUGUAAAUUGUAAUAUUCUGUUUAAAAUUUAAAUCGUAAAUAAAUUAUUCCCCGAUAGAUUAGCUGUUGUUAUUAUAGAACCAUAGAAUCAAAAUUUAGUUAUUUUUAUAUAAUAAUUUUUGAUCAAAAGGUACAAAAUGCAACAAAAAAGUCUCUUGUUUUUUUUUUGAUUGAGUCAAGAUUGCUGAUAUAAAUGUUAUUUAUAGUAAAAUCAAUACAUUGCACGCUUCGCUCGAAAUUUAAGAAAAAAAAAAAUAGCCAAAGGAAACAGCAUAUGCGUAACAUGAAACUGAUUAUUAACGGUAAUAUUGAUCGAACGACUUUUGGCCGAAAAAAUAUUAUUGAAAAUAUUACUCGUAAACUGUUAUACGUUAUGGGAGGGGAAUUCGUCCGGUGUACCGGAUCGGUUUAAUUAUAUAUAAAUUAUUGCGUGUUGUUGUGUUCACUUUUCCAAGGUGUAUUGCAGUCCUCUGAUCUACGUACGUAUCAAAUGAAAAUACCAGACCAACAUAUUUGUUGGUGUAUGAAGGAUUUGUAUGCAUAGGUACAUGAACAAAUUUACUCCCACCGAGCUUAUCAGCUUAUUUUAUCGGAUGCCAUACCGCAGAAAAUACGAACCGUUUCGAAUGGCAUUAUAACAGCCGUGCCUUUGAAAAAGUCAAAUUUCAGUGCAAUCAUUUAUUUUCGAUUUUUUUUUGUCGGUUUUUAUCAGCUGACGGGAUACCAACAUAAUAGUGUCAUCAUUUCACUAAAUUUAGUCAAUAUAAUUACGAAUCUAAAAUAUUUACUGUUGAAUGAUUGAAUAAUUAUAUGUUAUUAAAUCAAAAUCAAUUAUGUCGACGUCGUUAUAAAUAUAUUUUAAUAUACCUAACUAAUAUAACUAAUAUAACUAUGUGUAUAUAUACACACAUAUAUAUACACCUAUAAUUUUUUUUUUUUUUUAGCACAAUUUACAAUAUAUCAACUUUUGGAUGAUAUUGGACUUUAUUUAUUAUAUUGUGGCGGUAGUAUUUAUUAUAUAUUCUUCGUUCAAAGUCAGAAGUUUUUCAAUAUUUUUCGUGGGCUUAAUCGGAUCCGGUAAGAUCAAAUCGCUCCGUUAAAUACUAUACUUCUCUAAAUUAUACAGUGCGAAUGAAAAAAUAAAAUUGUAAUUAAUUUUUUUUUCUUCCGAUAAACUAUAGCGUUUGACAGUUAUAAGCUAUUCGUCGUCUAUCUGUUUUACUUGGACGAAUUAUCGCCGGAAAGACUCGAUGUCGAUCGAAAUAAUAGAACCCAGAACAGCGUAUGUCAUGCAAUUACUAAAAUACAAUGGUUCAUCUCCAAAAUAGCGAAAAUAAAAAACCCGAACACAAAAUAUUGAAUACAAAACAGCGAAAAUCAUUUAUUUGAAAAAAUAAAUAGCGAAUAAAAAAUUAUAGAAAAUAUAUAAAAAUAUAAAUAAAAAUAUACGAUAAAAAUUAUUAUUUUUGUCGUGCGUAUUUACUAAUUUUUUAAUCCGUUCAGCCAUUCCCUGAACUUCUUUUUUCCCCUCAUAUUAUUGUCAUUCCAGAUCGAGACUACUCAUAUCUAAUUUCCUCCAAAUUAUGUUGUCUUUGGAGGCAUUCAAUACAUUUCUGUUACAUUAUGUUAUCUUAGAUAGCCCAUAAUCCUGAUCGUAAUCUCGAAUUGGAUCCUAAAAUAUAUCACUAAGAAAAAAAAUUCUUAAAAUGUUUCCCAACAUAAUAUAAUAUAGUACACGUUCGGCGCGUGUUAAAUAUUUAGUAGACGAAAGUUGAAAAAAAAAUCAUGAAAUGUUUGUACAAAACUUGAAAUGAUAGAUUUUUCGUUCUAUAUUUUUUCGCUCAUAUUUGUAUUCGCUUAUUUUGUUUUCACUCUUUUGCUUUCGCACAUAUGCGUUCGCUCUUUUGCUUUUGCUCUAUUGUUGUGAUACCAAAUACAAUAUAUGUAUACUGUAUAUCUAUACAAGUUUUUGAUUUUGUUUUAUAUAGAUGCACAACGGAAUUCAAUCGUAUCCUCAUACUGUAGACAUCGGGACGGAUAAUAAUAGAAUAUAAUACAAGAGCAUUAUCCGACAUCAUUUGGAUCCGACGAAUAAUAAUUUUUAAAUCGCCGAAUAAAGUCCAAGGAAUUGCUUUAACAUUUUACAGUCAAAGAACAUAUUAUAUAUUUAUACAUUGGUGAUAACUGAAAACAAUACUAUUAUUGUACAUAGAUCGAAAUAAGUGCCAUAUCAUGUAUAAAUUGCGUUUAAUCAGUUGAAUUAAUUAUUUAAUUUGCUAUACUAAAUUAUUAUACAUUAUAAUAAUGUGCGUACCUACGAUUAAAAAACGACUAUAUAAAUAAUUAAUUUUAAAUAAUAAUAAUAAUAAUAAUAAAAAAAAAAAAGGCCAUAACUAUUAUACCAAUAACGAAAUGUUUAAUUAGUUAUCAAAAUACGAGUUCAACAACAUUGAACUGUUUAAAUAUUUACAAAUUGUAUUUAUAAUUAUGAAAACUAACAUCAAAUAUUUAAAUACAAUAACGACAUUAGAUAAAUGUUUAAAACACGUGAGUGAUCUACUUGAUUUGUACUUGAUAUUUUUUGUUAAUAAUACCAUCAGCGUUGAUUGAUUUUUAGUUUUUGGAUAAGUAACUGAGAAAAAUAAAUGUAAGUUCAUUGUUUUUAAGCAACAAUAUUAAACAUUACAUACGAAUUACAAAUAUACAAUAAUACACCGAUAUACUCUGCUAAUAUAUUUCUGCCUUCUGGUAUGUAUUCAUUUC